CGGAAGAACGACAGAAAGUUUUGUUGUGUGUGCGUUUCUGUUAUUUUUUGGGGCAUUUAGUUCUAUGAACUUGACUCCGUUUUCCGUGAAUGAAAUAGUGUUCGAAUGCUUGACGAAAGAACUACGAUGUUAAUCAGUAUAUUGCAAAGUUCGUACGCUUGGCAACUGCUCUUUCCGAUUUCAACGUCAACACAAAUACCACUGACGACUUAAACCAAGGGCUUUCCUUUGGGAUCGUUGUCUUGUGACAGACAGACUGCAAGAUGUCAAAACCUGCUCUUACUCAUGAAAACUGGAGGAAUGAAAUUAAAAAAGAGAAUAAAGAGCUUGAAGAUAGUGCUGCCAACAAACCAACUGUAAAGAAACUGAACCCUGCAUUUCUUGAUAGAUUUGAAUGUAACAAAAUCAGUGAGACUGGGAGUGAGCAACCACACAGAGAGUCUUGGUCACCAAUACAAGGAAAGAAUGUCAGUGAGACAGAGAAAAAGCAACUACAUAAUGAGUCUUGGUUACCAGUACAAGGAAAGAAAGUCGGUGAGAUAGAGAAAAAGCAACCACAUAGGAAGUCUUGGUUACCAGUACAAGGAAAUAAAGUCAAUAAGACAGAGCAAAAGCAACCACAUAAGGAGUCUUGGUUACCAAUACAGGGAAAGAAAGUCAGUGAGACAGAGAAAAAGAAAUCACAUAGGGAGUUUUGGUUACCAGUACAAGAGAAUAAAGUUACUGAGAUAAGGAAGACAGAACCAUUACAGAGACAGACUCAGUUCCUAGAAGUACUGUCAUCAUUUCAACAUGAUUCAGUGGGUGAUAAUAAAACAAUACACCAGCCAAUAGAAAAACCUGUGUCAGAGCCAAGAAGACCGCUAUCAUCUUUUCAAGAGGGAUUACAUGAAACACUAGUGGUGCGAGACAGACAACAAGAGUCCAUUCCAGUGGUUAAACCAAAGCGACCACCCCAACCUGUCUUUCAAGUGAAAUCAAAGGAAGCAGGACAGGCAGUUUGUGUAACAUCUAAGGUCAACAAGAUGGAUCAGAUGCCACCGCAGAAACCUAAACGUACCUAUGCACAUGAUAUAUACAAAGAAGCCAAAACAUUACAGACUCAUAAUAAGAAUAAAACUGAUAAAUUGCAGAAAUUCGCACCUAAUGCUGGAGAACCUACAAGAAUUAAACUACCACCACCUACACUACCACCACCCCCACCUCCUCAUUCAAGAGGUGAUACACAUCCACCUUUUCGCAAAGUAAGUUCUGCAAGUUCACAUAACUAUGAAUGCAUAUCUGAUUGGGUAAUUGAUGAUAUCAGUACCUUUUCUAAUAAGUUCAAACGAUCACGUUCAAGUGAAGAUUUACGGACAGCUACAGAACUUGACCAUCAUGUUAAAGAACAUAUCUAUGCAGAACCUGAUGUAACACAACCUAAGAAAACUCAUCGCACAUAUUCUGACCCAUAUGAAAUUUCACAUGAUAGACAAACUGCACUUGUUAAUGAGGAUGUUUGUGGGUAUGCAGUGCCUGAGCGUUUGGAAGACAUGCAGAGACGAUAUGCUCACUCUUUAAAGAUUAGGGGUUCUGCAAAGAUGUCAUCUGGUGAAAGUAGACGGUCCAAUUCACUGGAAGAUGGUAACUCACUGCUUUAUGAUGAGAAGAAAAUAAAGAAUAAAUUGCCAUGGAUUCAAAGAAAAAUCAAUGAAGCAUUCAUGGUUUUAAAAAGGAAGAAAGAGAAAAAGAUCAGAUCUAAUGGAAAUGUUGUUGAUGGUAUUUCGCAAGAUGAUAGUGUUAACAGUGAUAAUGAAAAUGAUGUUUCUGAUGCAGACCAUAGACGAAGACUUAGACAUGCACAGACUGUAAAGGAAACUGCUGUAUACUGCACUUUGGAUAAAAUACGUGAAACAAUGAGAUACAAAAAAAUGUUUGACUAUGUUGUUAUUGUUGAGUUAGCACAAAACAGAGAAACUUGCAAACAUGAGCCAUUUAUAUCAUACCAGUUUCCACAAGAG